UCACUUAUAGCAUCUCAUCGUUCAAAAACACUUUUUGCAGAAAAACCAAAUGUAAUGGAAAAGGAAGACCGCAGCUUUUGAUUAAAUAGCCUCAGGCGUUGGUAUUUCUCAGCCUCCAUCCAACGAGACUCGAGGUUACGACCAACAACAUUGCAAGUCAUCAUUAUACAUUUGAAACUAAACUAGUUUUCUAGUUAUCUCAGGGAUUAAAUCCCUAUGCUAUGGACGAGGACCCUGAAGACCCGUCCAGCCCGUCUCCAUCCUGCUCCACGGAUCCCCAACCCACUGUGUCCCCGGAUCCUGACAGGAACCAUGGUGACCAGGAGUACAGUAACCAUGGUGAUCAGAAAGACACACCGCAAGGUCAGGAGAGGGUUACUGUGAGUCUGGACAUCAACAGUGAAACACCAACAUUUAAUAUCGUAGUCAAAGAAGAAGAAGAAGACUGGGAACUAGAUAAUGCAGGAGAGAGUCCCAGCCAUCAGUCAGCAGGUGGGGAGAGACCCUCUACAUCAGGAGAACCUGAACAACACCAGAUGAAACGCAGAACGAGGCAGAAAAAGACCCACCCAUGCCCAGAUUGUGGGAAAUACUGCCAGACAUUAUCGGCGCUACAAAUACACAUGAGAACCCACACAGGAGAGAAGCCUUAUGCCUGCUUUGUGUGUAAGAAAACGUUCAUUAUUAGACAAGCUUUGAAAACACACCAGCGAACACACACAGGAGAGAAGCCUUAUACCUGCUCUGAGUGUGGCAAGGGCUUCGCUCAUCAAUGUAGUUUGAGAUACCAUCAAAAGAGGAAUUCUGAACAGAUUAAAACAGACCCGAAUGAGAAGAUGACCUGCUGCUGUGGACAAGAGUUCUCCUCAAAGUGCGUUCUGGAGGUUCACUUGAAGACGGACACGGGAGCCAAGCCUUACACCUGCUGUGUGUGUGGCAAGAGGUUCAAUAAAGAAUCAUUAAAAGAACACCAGCGAUCUCACACAGGAGAGAUGCCUUACUCUUGCUCUUUCUGUGGCAAGGGUUACUAUCACAAACCGGCUUGGAAAGCCCACGAGCGAACGCACACCGAGGAGAAGCCCCUGUGCUCCGUGUGCGGACGGACCUGCUCUAGUAAGUAUACGUUAAAAGUCCACGAGCGAACACACACAGGAGAUAUGCCUUUCCUCUGCUCUGAGUGUGGCAAGGGCUUCAUCAGUAAAGGACUCCUGAUGACCCACGAGCGAUUCAACUGUUCCGGGGAGAAGAACGACGGCGAGCGAAGAGGUUUCACAAGUGUCCGGACUGUGGGAAGGAGUUCACACAAGCAAACAAACUGGAGAGACACAUGA